GAAAAAGCAGUGGAAAAGUUGCCUAACGUGACAGUCCUUAAAAUGAUAGAGAGAAUAUUUAUGGUGUUGGAUCUGUUCUGUAACUAAACCCGUUUUUCUGCGUAGACGGAAUUUAAUCCUCAUUUAUCUCCAAAAAAAUGGUUUGCAGGAUCGGCCCGUGAUCAUCAGUGUUGUGUGUGUUUCAGAAGAGCGUGUUCAGCAUGGACGUGGAGGAUUUCCCCCCUCCUCCACCUGACCUGUUGGAUGACGGAGAUGAAGGUGAGCGGUUUGAGUUUGAUGACAGUGGUGAUGAAGCCCCUGAGGCGGAUCGGCCUCCACCUGAACCUGAGGGAAUCUCCGCACCUCCACCCUGCUCUUCCUCAGUCAGAGACGCACACGUGAAUGAGACAAGUCCAAACCCAGAGCACACAUUCAACGCAGAGGCUGAUCUGCCCCCUCCGCCUCAGGACUGCCCCGCUAAUAACAGGCCUCUGGCUCAAAUGCGCUUCAAACAGUCUGAUCUCCCUCCUCCUCCUCCUCCCACUGAACUUUGUUCCGGUGCAGCAGUGAGCCUGAACAGAGACCUCAAUCCGCCAGCAGAGGGUACUGAUGUUCACAGAGAGCAGGACGAAAACAAAGGUGCCAGUGUGGUUUGCUCCUCCAAGCCCAAAGUGAGCCCCUACUCUGUGAUCGACAUCGGCCCCAUCCAACAGCAGCUGCCAUCAGAGCAGAGCGGCCCGCCCUCCUCUCCCUCAGCCAAUCAGAGUGAAGGAGUUGUUCAGGAUGUGACCGGUAGCCCAGGGUUGCCCUCUGGGUAUUCAGUGCCAGUGCCCUGUGGUUAUGCAACGCCCUCAAAUGUGCCAAUGAUCCCACCGACCUACACCACUCCAGUUCUCAUCCGCCACUUCUCUAUGGAUGAAGAUGUGACUGUUGUUGGAGCAGUAAAUACUCCAGUGGACAGUGUUUUUAGUGAAGAGUGUCCGGUCAUCAAAGAGGAAGAUGCUCUUACUAAGUGGGUUUCUGACCCAGCAAACACAGCCUGGAUGGAGAGUCCAGAUGAAGUGAUUUAUGAUGAUGUACCAAGAGAAAACUCUGGAUCCACAACAGACCCAGAUGAGAUGAUCUAUGAUGACGUUGAGUUCGGGGAGGAGGGCGGCAGCAGCUCGCUGGACAACGGCUGGAGCUCCAGUGAAUUCGAGAGCUAUGAGGAAAACAGUGACGCAGAGAACGGACAUGGAGAAAACGGCCUCCCGGACGCCUUCGUCAGGGGUCGCGCACCCAGCAAGAAAACACACCUGUCUGAAGAUCUGGCACGUUUGAAAGAGCACUAUGAGAGAAAGAUGCGAGAUCUCAUGGCUAACACAGUGGGAACAGUAGAGCUACAGCAGCUCAAACACAAACACGAGCAGAAGAUGCAGCGACUGGUAAAAGCAGCUAAAGAUGGAACUAAAGAUGGACUGCAGAAAACCAAAGCCGCGGUGAGAAAGGGCAGAUCGUUCAUCCGCACCAGAUCUCUCUGUCAUGAGAAGAAACCCAGCUGCUUUGAUGAAGAGUCCGAUCUGUUCAUUGAGGUGGAGUGUUUUAAUGUGGAUCCAGUGCUUGGACCUGCGCCUGACGGACUCUCUCAACACCAGGUAAUGAGGAGAUUCAUUCUGGGGAAGAUUCUGGAGAGCGAGAAGAGCUAUUUGGAAGCACUGAAGAGAAUUUUAGAGCAGUAUGAGAAGCCUCUGGCAGAAAUUGAGCCUCGGUUACUCAGUGACCGCAAGUGUAAGGUGGUGUUUCAUCGCAUUCGGGAGAUCCUGCAGUGUCAUGCGCUCUUUCAGAUGGCGCUUGCCAGCCGUGUAUCCGACUGGGAUGAGCUGGAGAUGAUUGGAGAUGUGUUUGUAGCAUCGUUUUCCAAGUCUAUGGUGUUGGACGCUUACAGCGAAUAUGUGAAUAACUUCAGCUUGGCAAUGGGAGUGGUGCGGAAGGCAUGCGCCGCUAAACCCUGUUUCCUGGACUUCCUCAAGCACCGCCAGGAAACAAGUAAAGACCGUCUGACUCUUUAUGGACUGAUGAUGAAGCCUAUUCAGCGGUUCCCUCAGUUUAUUCUACUGCUGCAAGACAUGUUAAAAAACACACCAGUGGGCCAUGCUGAUCGCCUUCCCCUUCAGAUGGCUCUUACAGAACUGGAAACGCUUGCCGAAAAGUUAAACGAGAGGAAAAAGGAGGCUGACCAGCGCUGUGAGAUACGACACAUCGCUAAAGCUAUGAACGAACAUUACCUCAACAAGCUGCUGAGCAGUGGCAGCCGUUAUCUGAUUCGUUCUGAUGACAUGGUGGAAACCGUUUAUAACGAUCGAGGGGAGAUCAUUAAGACUAAAGAACGGCGAGUCUUUCUCCUAAACGACGUGCUCAUGUGUGCCACCCCCAACAGGCGGCCAUCUCAGGAUGGUGUGAGUGUUGGAGCUGGAGGUGAAGGGGUUCCCUCAGGACAGCAUUUUCUGCUCAAGUGGAGUGUACCGUUAAGUUUUGUGGAGGUCGUGGAGUUUGGCUCCAGUGAGGAGAUUGCCGACUCCAGGUUUCCCCCCUCACACUCUGGAGAUAAAGUCGUCAUAAAUGCAAAACCUAAUAAGUUAUAUAUGGGGCCAGGGCAGCUGUACCAGGACCUGCAGAACCUGAUACAUGACCUGGGCUUGGUGAACCAGAUUUCCACGAUGAUCAGCAGUCUGAAAGGGAAUUAUCAGAAUGUUAAUGGGACUGUUGCUCAGGACUGGGUUUCAGGUCUCCAGCGCCUCAUUUUAAAGAAAGAGGAGGAGAUUCGGGCAGCUGAUCGCUGUAGGAUACAACUACAGUUACCAGGGAAACAAGACAAAUACGGCCGACCCACGUUUUUCACUGCCGUCUUCAACACUUUCAGUCCAUCCAUCAAGCAAACAUGGACCAGUAAUCUGCAGAUGGCUAAAUUGGCUUUACAGGAGGACAACAUCCAAGGCUGGUUUUGUGCUGAAGAUGAUGGUAAUCAGAUGAGGAAGCAGAAUCAUCCUCUCUUGCUCAAGCAAAUGGCUGUGGUCAUGUCCAAACUACAGGAGUUCAAGGUGGAGUGUGCCGUUCACAACCCCGAGCCUCAUGUGAACACGGACAGCACUGCAGAUCUGCCUGUUAUGGGUCACGGAUGUGUGUGGGUGGCGAGUUGCACCAAUCACAUGGGUCAGGUGUCCAUUGUGGCACUGCAGAACUCAAAUCCUAAAGUUACAGAGUGUUUUAAUGUGGAGUCGCGUAUUCUUUGUAUGACGCAUGUACCGUUGGAUGAGACUAGAGAACGGUGAGGGAAACCUGAGGAUCGGAAAGCCUGUGAUAUGCCAACUGUCUGUUUGGGAAUGGAGGAAGGCAGUAUAUCUGUGUAUAAGAGCAGCCAGCGCUCUAAGAAGGUUCGCCUGCAGCACUUCUUCUCUCCUGAUAAGUCCAGCGUCACGUGUUUGGUGUACACGAGUGGGUGUCUGUAUGCAGGUCUGGUCAGUGGUUCUCUGGUCAUCUACUCCAGAACUGAUGACGGCUCCUGGGUCGAGUCGGGGGCCUGUGUGUUGAAGCUGGGGGUGUUGCCGGUUAAAGCUCUACUGGUGGUGGGCGAACACAUCUGGGUUUCAUCAGGAGGACAGAUCUUCAUUAUCAGCACACAGAGAAACACGGUGGAGCGUCAGUUUGAAGCCCAUCAGGAGGAAGGAAUGAUCGUGUCCCACAUGGUGGUGGCUGGAGUGGGGAUCUGGAUAUCCUUCAGCACCGGCUCAACCCUCCGACUCUUCCACACCGAGACUCUCGACCACCUGCAAGACAUCAACAUUGCCACAGCUGUCAAUAACAUACUACCAGGACAGCAGAGAGUCUCUGUGAGCAGUCUGUUAGUGUGUCAUGGUCUGCUGCUAGUGGGCACUAAUCUGGGGGUCACGGUGGCCCUUUCGGUGCCCAGACUACAGGGCAUCCCAAAGGUCACAGGUCGAGGAAUGGUCUCUUUUCAUGCACACCACGGCCCAGUCAAGUUCCUCACCAUGGCAACAGCAGUGUGUAACGUCUCCCAAGCUACCAUGGCAACCCUCACCUCCAGUACUCCCAGUCAGUGCCAGCCUGAGGCCCCAGAGCUGGAGGGAGCCACACUGAACCAGAACUGCAGCAGCGACACACAUGCGCCUGUUCUCCAGGACUCCCCGUCCUCCUCGUGUGGCUCUCUGGCUCUGUCUCAGGCAUCUUUAGAGCACGGCCCAGAGGACGGGGCCAUAUACGACCUGCUGAACGAGCCGUCACACUUCCAGAAGGCCAAGCAGACUGACCGAGUCAGUGCCAGCUCUGUGUUGGUGGUGUCAGGAGGGCUCGGACACCGCAGAAUCAACCGAAAAACCAAAAUGUCCAAGCACGAGGAGAUGGCGUCCACUAUUAUGGUGUGGCAAAUACCACUGCCAAGCCUGUGAGGGGAGAAAGAGGAAUGAAAAUGGGCAUUCCACAUCAAAGAGAGCAGUUCCUGAGCCUGACUUUACCUUCCAUAAUAGGCUAAUGGAGAAAAAAAAACAUUAAUGAAUGAAGGGAAAAAAGGUUGUGUUCCAGCAAUGAGCUGAACUACCAAGUCAUGCAUCAGAGAAAUGCGGUUUACCACUUGGCACAUUCGCCUACAUUUAAAAGGUGAAAGUAUGUCAGUACCACUGCAGUGUGAUGGAUUUUCAGGUCUAAUACAACAUUUUAACUGCAAAAUAAUUUCACAUAAAACAAACAGACGCGUUAGUAUAACAGCAGAAAGUUUUCUUUAAUGCCACUUUUUAAAGAAGAUGCUCACCUCUUGAGGGAUAGUUCAACCAAAUAAUGAAAAAUCUGUCAUCAUUUACCAACUCUCUACUCGCUUCAAAGUGUUUUGAGUUUCUUCUGGUGAACACAAAAGAAGAGAUUUUGAAUAAUGAUGGAAAUCGCUAGCCAUUGACUUCCAUAGUAUUUUGUUUUCCUACUACGGGUGUCAGUGGCAGCCGGUUUCCAACAUGCUGCAAAAUAUAUUCGAUUGUGUUCAGCAGAAAAGAAAAACUCAUUGAGGUUUAAAAACUUUCAUUUUGGGCUGAACGCUCUCUUUCAUUUCAGUUGUUUUGUGAAAAUGCAUCUCAAACUUUUGCUUCAAGGAAUGGUGCUUUUUAUUGCAUUGGCUGAAUCAGCAGCUUGACUGAGGUUUGUCCUUUGUGAUCGACUGAAUGGUUUGUAUGGGAUUCUCUGGCGGGCCAGAGUGUCUUUUGGGUCCUAAAGUGAAGUUGGUGUCCACUGUUACCAGUUAAAGAGAAAUGGCAUUCCUCCAUCAUUCUAAUUUAAAGUUGCUUAUCAAUAUUUAAAGUUAUGGAAAAAGCUUUAUAUUGACAGUUUGUGAUAUGUAUUUCUGACUUGUGUAUUAACAAAUAUAUAUAUAUCAUUGUUUUAACCAGCAUUCUUUUGUAUAUUGGUGCAAACGGACUAGAUAACCAUGUUUUGGUUUUGUUUUUUCACUGGCCCCUUUAUUUCUUUUUUCCCUUUUUUUGGACUGACUUGCCAGCUCAUACAUAAGGGAAUGACCCAUGAAGAAAACUGAAUUAGGUUGAAUGGAUUUCUGUGAAAUGCACUUUUCCAACAGUAACACUGACUUUAUAGCUUACUGUAAAACCGACCUGGACGAGGAUGGAAAUAAUGAAAGAAAAACAGCUUUUUUUAGACUAAUGAACAUGUAUGGUUGUUGUUUUUUUCUUAGUAUUCCCAGUAUGAGUGUUUCUGUGGAAAAAAGUUAUUAAAUAUUCAUUUUGCAAGAUUUCAUUUUGCCUACCUAAAAGGGAAAUUAAAAAAAGAAUAAUAUUUACACCUUAACUGUGAUGUUAAUUUCUUAAUGUAUAUUUAGGUUGGAUAUAGAAGUUUUACACACACACACACAUUCAAAAGUUGAAGUCAGAAUUAUUAGUCCUCCUGAAUUAUUAGCCCCUCUGUGUUUUUUUCCCCAAUCUCCAUUUAAUAGGAUUUUUUUUUUCAACACAUUUCUAAACAUAUUAGUUUUAACCUCCUAAACUCUGAGACCUGGUACCGGGUCUGUGACAUCAUUUACUUCCGCAUUCUAUAAAUUUUAAAAGAAAAACUGAUUUCUUUUAUCUUUGCCGUGAUGACAGUGCAUAAUAUUUUACUAGAUAUUUUAAGAUACUAGUACUCAGCUUUACAAUUUAAAGACUUAACUAGGUUAAUUAGGUUAACUACACUGAAAAAAGUUGACUCAACUCAAAAUUGUAAGGCAACUAUUAACCCAAGUACUGCACUUGACUCAUUUAAGUUGAGUCAACUCAUGAGCUGAAGCUAGUUGCUUUAAUUUUAAGUUGAGUCAACUUUUUUUACAGUGUAGGCAAAUUGGGUUUAUUAGGCAAAUCAUUGUAUAACAAUGAUUUGUUUUGUAGAUAGUUGAAAAAGCAUUGCUUUUGGGGGCUAAUAAUAUUGACCUUAAAAUGGCUUUUAAAAAUAAUAGUAAAAUAAAUAAAACAAGAAAAAAAAUAAAACAAUUUGUUUUUCAGAAAAAAAAAAAUAUUAUAGGAAAUACUGUGAAAAAUUCCCUGCUCUGUUACACAACAUUUAGGAAAUAUAUGGAAAAAAAAUACAGGAGGGCUAAUAAUUCUGACGUCAACUGUAUAUAUCAAACACUUCGCACCUGUUUUAUAGAGAAAAUUAA